AUGGCUGAGAGCGUGGAAAGGCCCAGUGCGGACCUGCCAGACACGGUCACAGGGGCGGUUGGUGACAAUUUGUACAGAGUGCCUCACUGCCUGCCGAAGACAUACAUGAAGUGCUGCUUGGAUGCUUGCGCUCAUAUAGAUGAUCGGUUCUUGCUGGAGCCUUGUUCCAAACUGGAGCAGUGCCCGGAGUGCUCAGUGCCCUGCUGCCAGACGUGCCUCCAGACACACCGAACGCGGUGUAAGUUUGGAUGGGACCGAAGUCCGCGAAGCGACGCAGAAGACACCCCAAACGCAAAGACCAAAGAGAGGUUGGUCAGGUCAAUGCUGCUUGUUGAACCAGAUUGGGAGGAGUGUCACUACGACCUGCUCCAGCCACAGAUGACAGAGCUGAUUCGUGAGUCCAUGCUUUGGCUUCUGCGGUUUGUGGCCUGGUUGACCACGGCUCUGGGGCUUGAGUGCCUCAUGCCGAAGGCCAAAGAGGGUCUGAGGAGUGUCGUCUCUUGCCUGAAGGAGCUUGGUGGCGUGAAGGUUCCUGCAGAGUCCCGCGCACGUUUUGGCUUCCUGAUGGUCGUGCUGCUGUUGCGAGAUCCUCGGCACUUCGACCAAACAGAGAUCAUGGAACUGAUGGCAAUGGCUUUGUCGUGGUAUGAGCAGGUAUCCAAUGACAUCUUGAAGCUGCAGUUGAGUCAACUGCUGGAAAUGGCUCUGCGUCGAGGUGUGAAGCCCUGGGACUUGGACGAACAUCAAAGCAGUGGAGGGGCCUGUGACCUUCAGGUGAUGCGCUUCCUCUUCAGUCGCAUCAGGGCAGCAAACCAGCUGCACCUCACGAAGCGUCUCCUUUUGGGACUCCAUUCCCUGUCUGUUGAAGUCAGGGAAUUUUGGGAAGACCACCUACUGGAGCACGCCAGCAAAGAUGAUGAACGUUUGCUCGGACGCAUGAAGGCGCACUUGGAUCAGAGAAAGCCGAAGUGCUCCACCCUGGAAUUCCCAUCGCCAGUGGACGAGCAGUUCUUCUGGUCAAGUUUGACGCAAAUCCAAGCAGGGCAUGAAGAGGCCGGUGGCGCGUCUGGCUCCCUGGUCCAGGAGUACGAGGCCUCCCCUCAGCUCGAAGGCCCGGUGGAGACGGUGAAGGUGCUUGUGAAGCAGGGGAGCUCCGUCAUCGUGGAGGCGGCCGUGGCCGACCUCAUGCAGUUUAGCUGGCUGCUCAUCUUGGACAACCCGGAGAUUGGGAGGGUCAUGGGCGAGUUGAACUUGAAGCCCGCCGAUGUGAAGGUUACCUACGAAGUUGUGGCCACUGCAGAAGAUCGGAUAAUGGUCAAGAUGGUGCCGGCUGUUGAACUAGAGAAGCUGAUGGACAGGCCAUACGACCUGUACCAGCCUAAAAACAACAGCUAUCGCCAUCGGAUGCUCAACGAAUUUCUGAAUGAGCGCCGCAAUGACGCAGAGGUGUGCCGGGCAUACAGUAUAUUGGCCUUCACUGCAGCUGUCUCCACUGUGUUGGCCUUCGUCGUUCAUCUGGGUGACCGUCACGCGGGAAACAUCAUGAUUACAGACAGCGGUGUGUACUUCCACAUCGAUUUCGGCUUCGUCUUGGGCAAGCGGCCAGCAAGUUUUCAGCUUUAUGGUGCUAACCCGCCUUUCCGCUUGGACUAUGGCGCGAUUGUCACAGCCAUUACAGAACGGCGAGUUCGCGACAUCUUCUUUCCGGUGGUCAAGCUUUCGUUCCAGACAUUGCGAGACCAUUACGACGAAAUGGUGGCUUUUGUUGCAGACAUCUACCUGAAGGAAGCGCGGACAACCGAAGAAGUUGCCACCCAGGGACCUGCACACCAAAAGGCACAAGCCUUUUUGGCUGAGCGCUUGGUGCCUGGGUUUUCGGGAGAGCAGGCUGCGCGAUUCAUCCAGGCAGUUGUGCUUUAUUUCCAGGACCACAUCGUGUUCGCAGCACACGAUUCCUGUCGAGCCUGCCGCUCCGCGAUGCCUUCGAUGCAGGAGACACAGCAGGUGGUGGCUGAAGGCAGCGUGAAGAUGGGAAGUGCACUCGUCCGUUGGGCUGAAAGCCUUGCAAGGGCCACUGCUGGGGGAAUGAAAACUGCAGCUAUUAGGGGCAAGCUCAUCGCUACCAGAUUCUGGCAAGAGCGUGGUGAGGUCAUAGAUGCUGCCGCAUCGUCGGCUGAUGAAGCCGAGGCUCACCUCCUUGACCAAUAUUACGCAUGGAGUAGCGAGCCAUACUUCGUCACGUGCGGCCAAGAUGUUGCAACAAAACCAAGAGACCUAUCCCAAUCUCCCUCCACCGCGCAUGCGCAGGGCCCGGACGUACCGAAUUCCGUGUCAGAGUGA